AUGGCUGUCACCGCUUUUGCUGCAUGGCUGCUAUCCCCAGCUUACAUGUUUAAUUUUUUCUUUCAAUUUUCAUCUUUAGCACUGAUGAACAUUCAUCAGACCGGAAAGACUGUUUGUUCCUUUGAGGUGAACACAGCUCAGUAUAAGGAUCCAGUGUUCCUGUGCACCACCAACAGCAUUGGGAACAAAAUAAAGGUAGCUCAGGCCUGUUCUCUGCACAGGUUGGCAGCUCGGGACUUGGUGACGGUGUGUAUGAAUGACCUCUUAUCCCAAGGAGCGCAGACUCUCUUUUUUAUGCCUUAUUUUGCUUAUGACAAGCUACAUUCAGAGGUGGCAGAAACUGUACUGGAAGGAUUGUCUGAAGCGUGCAAAACAACUGGGAGCUCUAUGUUAGAAAGAGCGAUAGUACAGCAGUCAGUGAUCUACCAUGAUGGAUGCUACAGCCUGUCUGGAUGUGCAGUGGGUGUGGUAGAGAGAGAGUACCAACUACCGCGGCCAGAGCAGAUGAGAGACGGUGAUAUGGUGAUAGGAGUCCGCUCACCUGGUCUACACUGCAGCAACCUGGACCUUCUCAGGAAGACACUGGAGAAACAUCUCUUACAAUACACCUCUGCAGUGCCAAUUAACAAUGGAGCUGCUACUUGGGGUGAAAUAGUAAUGGGCUCCACCUCGGUAUACAGCCCCUCUCUACUCCGAGCUCUUCAGUCUGGCCACAUCAGAGCCUGCACACCAAUGACAGAAGGAGGCCUAGUUGGAAGCAUUCUCCGAUAUCUACCAAGGUCCCUAGGAAUUGUUAUAGAUGCUCUAUGUUGGAAGAUCCCUCCAGUGUAUUCCUGGCUGUACAAGGAGGGAGGUCUGUCAGAGAAAGAACUGGUGAGCAACUUCAGCUGUGGAUUAGGAGCCGUGAUCAUUGCACAGAGGACCAUGGCCCAGCAAAUUCUAGUGGACAUUCAGCAGGAAGAGGAGGCAUGGUUGGUGGGAGGUCUAAUCCAGAAUACCUCAGAUUUCCCAUGUGUCCGGGUCAGUCAUCUUUUAGAAGCUUUAAAAAUCAACACAUUUCAGCUACUAAGAAAUGUCAUUUUGAAAAGAACACACACUAAGAUCUUAAAGGCGGCCGUAUUCAUAUCCAACACAGGCAAGAAAGAUUUAUUUUUUAUUUAUUUUUUCAGCCAAAUUUAUUUUGGGUAGAAUAGAGU